AUUUUUGUUUUGGUUGAGAAAUGUGGAUACAUUCCGCGUACCGCGUUUCGGAUUCGGAAGCCAUAUUUAUCUUGUGAUAUAUGCAUUUUUUAUAUUAUUAGACUAAUAUUAUGUUAUUAAUCGUUUGAAACGAUAUAAUUAAUAUAAUUUUACGUGUUUGACGAAAGUUGAUUGGAUUUUUCAACGUAUAUAUUUCAAAUAUAUAGCAAUGAGCGAGAAGAAAGAAGUAGAAGGUGGAUCGAAAGCUGACGACAGCAAGGAAAAGGAAUUAGUCGAUGAGAAAAAGACGAAAUCUAAAAAAGGGAGUACCUCGAAAAAAGCGAAACAGAAUAAUGCAGUAGAAGAAACCAAUGACGAUUCUAAAGAGCCAUCUUCCUCAGAAAAGGAAACUACUGCUGAGGCACCGAAGACUAAGAAAGCUUCGAAAAAGUCCAAAGAAACCCAGAACGGCGAUGAGGAGCAGGAGGAAUUAGAUGAUGAUGUCGAAGUCAAAAAGAAAAUUCCUUUGCUCGACCAGCCACCGAUUAUCGAAGGAAGUCGAGUACGUACCUGUGUUUUAAAACCUCCAGCUCCUGAGCCUAAGCAAGUUGUCGACGUUCCCGCUGGAAAAGGAAAACCUUUGGGUAAAAUUCCUAUCGUCAAUCAAAGACUGAAGCGUUUAAGAAUCACAACAAUAAAGAAUUUACAUCGAUUAAUAUUCGGUCGUAUUGGGAAAAUUUCGUUAGUACUUUCCAAUAUUCAAAAGUUCAAAGGUUUUCCUUUUGCCGAAGACUCCGACGACUAUAACAGAAAAGCGACCGCACUUAACAAACUGCAUAUGGAUGAACUGAAAGAGUUGGUUUUCUCUUUCGAUUUAGAUAUGAAGCUCAAAAAGAAAGACGAAUGUGCCAAAGAAAUUUUGAACUUCCUAGUUUCGCCCAAAACUUCCGAAAAGACUCAGAAUGCUUUUAUUAGCCAUCCGAAAAGAAAAGCUACGAAACGGAACUAUUUCGAUGCUGAUGUGGAUGAUGCAGAUAAUAAGAAACGAAAGAAGCCUAAACCUGCCGCAGAAGCGAAAAAAGAAAAAUCUUCGGAAGAUGAUGAAGCAGCUAAGACAACAGCGAAGUCUUCGAAAGCAAAUGAAAAAAGUCCCAAAGCUGAUGAAGCGUCGGAGAAAAAUGAUGAUCAGGAUAAUAGUAAUGAAUUGAAGAAACCGGCCAAAAAACGCAAACGUAAUCAAAUAAUCGAAGAAGAAGAUAAUAAAAAAACUAAACAAGAUGAAAAAUCCGAUGGCGAAGAGGACGAAUCCGAAGAGGGAAACGCCGCAACUGCCGCAAGUGAUUCACAAUCUCCAAAAAAAAACGCCAGCAAAAAGGAUAAGCUGAGUGAUGAAGAAUUGACAAUUUUCUUAAAGAGAGUUUUAGCCGAUUUAAAUUUGGAGAAUACUACAAUGAAGACUGUAUACAAUUUAAUUAGUUCCGAGUACCCGACGUACGACUUUUCCCAGAAAAAACGUUUCAUCAAAGGUGUCGUUAAAUCGCUAAUCCAGUAACAUGUUCGUUCAGUUUCAGUACAUGCCUACAUGGAUAUUGGAACGUUCAUUAGAUGAAUUAAGUACCUUUCUUUUCUUUUCGCACGUAGAGUAGCUUUUUCAGUUUUCAUUUCAUGUGUGCGUAUGUUUAAGAAUUUCAUUUGUUAUAUUUUCGAUUUAAAUUUAUACUAUGUGUUAGAAAUUAUCGAAUUUUAGUAUUGUUUUUCCUCUUCCUUUCCCCCCUUUUUUAAAAAAACUUGACCUGUUCUCUUUAUUUCCUACCUUGAUAUCUUAAUUUUAUACAGCGGUAUACCAUAUUAUUAUUUUUAUUAUUUUACAUAACAUAUUAGGUACCUAAGUAGUAGGUAUUGAUUAUAAAACCUUGAUUGUAUAUAAGCCCGAUAUUGGCCAAAAAUUGGAUUUAUUUUUUUUUUGUUUUUGAAAGUUGAAAACUUCUGCAAUAAAAUUUAUUGUGUAUUAUAA